AGAAUUAAGUGAAUGUCAAACUUAAGUGGGAUUUUCAAAGUAAAAUUUUUACUCAUUUUUUUAUUACCUCAUCAUCAUAUUUAUAGUUUUGAGAAAUUAAAUGUCGUUGGGUAUAAUAAUAGAUCAUUUAGAAUUGAUUAUGUGCACGAUGCUGCGUGUAGCCGGUGUAGCCAUUUGGAGCUUGGACGGCUCGGACGGAGAUACUACAACUACAACUACAAGAGUGCCUGCUUAGCUGUGCAGCGCGAUGACUCUCGGUGCAUGCACAUGGACCUCUACAUUGUUUUAUGAAAAUUAAAUUGUUUGAUGAUUAUUUGGUAUUAUGCGUUAUUUACGAAUGAUGACGAAUUCUAUCACGAGGAGGAUUUUUUUUACAUUUAUUCGCCCGUACAGCCAGUUUGCGAGCAACAAACCGGCUAACCUGAUUAGGAACGAAUUUUUAGAUUAUUUCACGAAAGAUUUAAAGCACAGUUUUAUUCGGUCCAGUCCCGUCUUUCCGAUCACCGAUCAGUCCCUGGCAUUUAUCAAUGCUGGCAUGAAUCAAUUUAAAGGGAUUUUCUUAGAUUAUUACAAACCUCCUGUAACAAAGGCUGUGAACUCGCAAAAAUGUAUCAGAGUCGGUGGAAAACAUAAUGAUUUAAGUGCCGUUGGCAAUGACAGUUAUCAUCACACUUUCUUUGAAAUGCUUGGCAAUUGGUCCUUUGGAGAUUAUUUUAAGGAGGAUGCUUGCUUAUACGCUUGGAAUCUGUUAACAAAUGUAUAUGGCAUACCCAAAGAAUGUUUGUAUGUAACAUAUUUUGGUGGUGACGAAGAACUAGGUUUGAGUCCAGAUCUGGAGUGCAAGGAUAUUUGGUUAAGACUUGGCCUUCCAGAAUAUAAAGUUUUACCUUUUGGUAUACGAGAUAAUUUUUGGGAAAUGGGGAUAUCAGGCCCUUGUGGGUCUUGUACAGAAAUACAUGUGGACUUUAUGAAACGAUCGACUAAUCAAGCUGGACGAGUCAAUAAAGGAUAUGCUGAUCUUAUGGAAUUGUGGAAUAUAGUUUUUAUACAAUAUGAAAGGCUUGCAAAUGGAUGUAUAGUACCUUUACCAAACCAUCAUGUUGAUACAGGCAUGGGAUUUGAGCGAUUAGUUACAUUAUUACAAGGGAAAAAAUCAAAUUAUGAUACUGAUCUUUUCCAGCCAUUGUUUGAUGCAAUACAAAAGCACUCCAAUGCACCAGAAUAUAAAGGAACAUUUGGUGAUGAUAAUACAAGCAAAAUUGACUAUAGUUACAGAAUUUUAGCUGAUCAUGCAAGAAUGAUUACGGUUGCAUUGGCUGAUAACAUGUUACCGGAACAACAUCCAAAGCUGCGGAAAGUAUUGCGGAAAGCGAUAGAUGUAGGGGAGAAAGUCUUCAGAAAACGUGGAAUAGUUUCAGAACUUGCUUACAGCGUAAUUGAUAAUCUGGGUAUAGCUUAUCCAGAAUUGCAUACUAAUCUAAAACAGGUACAAAGAAUAAUAGACUUUGAAGAAGAUCUAGUAAGGAGAUUACAUAAUACUUCUGGUAAAAUGUGGAAUAAGAUGAUUGAAACCCGUCCCGAAUUAAUAGCAAUCACCGAUUGGAUGGCUCCCGGUCUAAUGGAUGGUUAUAAAUAUCUACAAUCCAUAUUGAAAGAAUUACACAAAACCAAUGUGUUACCGGGAACUGUUGCAUUUAAAUUGUACGAUACAUACGGCCUUAAUUCAGAAAUUAUAGCAGAAUUAGCACAAAUCGAAUCUUUAUACUUUGAUGAAAUGGAUUUUGAAGAACAGCUUAAUAAUCGAAGAUAUCAAUCAAGAAUUGGAUUAGACAAACAUAGCACUGUAAUUACUAAAGAAUCUUUGGGAAUACUUGAAAAGAAUCAUGUACCUAAGACGGAUGAUUUAUUCAAGUACAAUUAUAGAUAUGAUGGCAAUACUUAUGAAUUUCCAGUACUUAACAGUAAACUCGUUGGUGUUAUUCUCAAUGGAGAAUUAGUUGCAAGUAAAGACAAUUCCAAUAUUACAAAAAUUAAUAACAAUAAAAUAUCUAUAAAUAUCGGCGAGAUAUUAAGCAGUACAGAUGAGAUUGGUAUUAUAUUGGACAAAACUGUAUGUUAUUCAUUGGAAGGUGGCCAAGUUUCAGAUAAAGGAAACAUUAGUAUUAAAAAUCUAUUUUUUAAUAUAGAUAAUGUUACAAAAGUAAAUGGCUAUGUAAUUCAUUCCGGACAUUUCAUCAAAGCAGAUUUACCCAUAUCAGAUUUGCAUUUACAAAUAGGGGAUGAUUGCUUAGUUAAUAUAGAACCAAAUAUUCGUGUUGGAGCAAUGAAACACCAUACAGCGGCACAUUUAUUAAAUGCAGCCUUAAAGCAAGUUAUGCAAGUAAUUUAUCAACGUGGAUGUGUAGUUGAUACAGAUAGUUUAAAAUUUCAGUUUAAUUCAUUUGGCGAACAACUUACGUCAGAACAAAUAAAAGCAAUAGAAGGUCGCAUUAACAACAUUAUACAGUCAUAUGCCACAAUAAUUGUACAAACUGUAAAUUCUCUUGAAUUGCUAAAGCAAAAUAAUAUUACAUUGGUGCCAGGAGAAAUAUAUCCUUAUACAGGCAUUAGAAUUGUAGAAAUCAACACCGACGAUUUGAAAGCGAAGGAACCAUGUUGCGGUACACAUGUUCAUAAUACAGGUGUAUUGCAACACUUUUGCUUUUCAACAUAUACUUCAAAGGGAGCAACAAAGCGUAUUAUUAAAGCUGUUGUUGGUCCAGAGGCCUUACGUAUGCAGCAAGCUGGUGAAAAGAUAUGUCAGAGAAUUGCAGAGCUAGAAGGCACUUUGCAAAGUGACAAAUUUACAUAUGAAUUAUUUAAUGCGGAAAUAAAUCGAAUAAAACAAAAAAUUAAUGAUCAUCACGUACAAGUACCUUACUUAAUUAAAGAAAAAUGUUUAACACAUUUGGAGAAUUUGAACAAGACGGUGUGGUUACGAGAGAAAGAAAUUGAAAAGAAUUUGAUAACUCGUGAAAUCACUAAUGCUACGAAUUCGUCAUCUUGUUUUAUCGUGUAUUGCCUGAAUAAAAAUCCUACAUAUUUGUCAUUGCAUGAAGUCAUAUCCCUCUUUUCUGGGAUACCAAUAUUAAUUCUAUCUUGUACGAAUGGAUUUGUAAAGGCAAGGUGUUCUAUGCCACAGGAAAUGGUUUCUAAUGCAUUUAAUGCACAAACUUGGAUGGAUAUUGUCCUUCAAAUCUUUAAUGCAGAGCAUGGAUCUAUUAAGGGAUUCAAACCUAUGUUAGUUGCAAGUAUGAAAUCUACAAAAGUAUCACAGAAUUUUCAGAUAUACAUAGAAAAAGCAAUUAUUGAAGCUACUAAAUUUGCAUCCAUACAUGUAAAGAAAGUUGAGACUGCUAAUAAUAAGAAUCAGUAAAUAAUUUA